UUUUCUUCUCCGGUACGUGAAAUUGUGGAAGUUUUUGAGUUUCAGAACCGAUCCCGGUUAGAAUGACGUCAGUGCGCACGCGAACAAUACCGACCUGUUGCUGUUCCUGUAGCGAAUAAAACGUACUCAUCUCCGUUCGUCCGCUGCUAAUUUUGACUUCGUGCCAACCUAACGGCACAAUGAAGGAAUGACUCAUUGCAUUCCCGCCGUCUGAUAAUACUGGUAGUUUAUAUUCUGUUUUCGUGCGCCAUUUUCCCCCGAACUGCCAGGAUUAUUUUCCUAUCGUCCUGCAUUGAUUAUAGUGCACUACGAUGGACGCCAUCACGGCCUGCAGUUUCGUGGGAAUAUUUUCCGCCUGUACUGUUCUGUACCGCGCCUGGCUGUCAUCCUGGUGGAAACUUUAUCCCGAACGGUUGUAUCCGUGUAUGGCGUUAUCCCUGAUACUCCUCAGUGCAGCACAGUGUCUGGCCGCGUUUGCGCCGUGGACGGUCACGCCUGGCCAGCGGCCGAACCAGACCCGAUCGGCCGACGCCAGUGACCCCUUUUGGACGGUGAAUGGGACGGAUGUUGGAUCCAAGGUGGCGGAUGCCGUCUGCGGUCUCCUUUUCCAUUCGGUUUGCCUGUGGUGGCUACUGUUGUCUAUGUGGUGGUUCCUGUCCACCAGCAGAAUGUGGAGUCAGGAGGCCUUUUCCGGUAUUUUCGGGCUAUACCACGGCCCCAUUGCGGUCUGGGCCAGCGCCGCGGGCUUGUCCAUCCUGGAGUUUGUCACUAACCAAGUCGCUGACGCUGCCCUUCUUCCACCAUCGGCGCAGACGGCCGUUAUCAUCGUCAGAGCGUUCCCGCUUGUGAUGUGCCUCUUCACCGGAACGGGACUCAGCAUUGCCGGCUACCGAGCCGGCCUCACCAUCGCGCAGCAUCUAGCCGUGGCCAACGAUCACGAACUGCGCGUUCUGCUGCGGAAAUUGUGCGUAGUGUCUUCCGUGUUCGCCGUGAUUUUGUCCGGGUAUAUAGUCUUGACUGUCGGCCAGCUUGUUAAUCCAUCACCGGGACUACGAUAUGGGUUGCAUCUACUGCCGCUGCUGCUGGCGGCAUCCUGUGGUUGCUGGUUGUCGGCCGUUAUCGCGCGCCCGGCGGCACAGCCAGCCAUCAAAGCUCCCGCCCUGUCCCAUUCAUCGACCAGCCGCAGCUGCGCCGUGCAGACCGCGGAUUACCUGUUGAGUUUUCUGGACGAUGGGAUCAGCCCGGAUGAUUCUGUUUCGCAGUUGUCAGUGUCUGCGGCAGAUUCUGACAAGGCUCUGGAUCAUAAUCACGACGUGGUGAUUGAUCACCAGAAAGUUGGGGGCUUGCUGUCGCUGCCCAGUUUACAGUCGGUUAACGAAUGCGCUUGAAAGCGCCGCUGUUGUUUUUCUUUUGACAAACGUCAGCUGUGAUUUGUAUCAUAUACUUUUUUCCGCAGCUGGAUUUGUUAUCUGCUCGACACAAUAUACUCUUUAUCGUCGCAAUUUUUUGUUUUGGUUGGCUGUUGAAUUGUUAUCGCUAUUCGCUGGUUCGAAUUGUUUCGCUGCGUGUUGAAUCUGGAUGAUUUGCGUUGCGUCGUUUUUUAGCAGCUGGUUCCUGAGAAUGUGAUGGAGAAA